GACCGAUCGUCCUCCCUCUCCCUCGUCUACCUCCUCCACCGUCGACCACCACUACCGUCGUUGUCCCCAUCGACACGCUCGGUCCAGAGAAGCCGCCGAACUAGUCACAGCCUGCGUGUCAGUCCGUCGGUGAGCUCCGUAUUGCGUGGUGUGCCGGAGGUCGAGCGUUCUCUCAAAGGUCGCGUACGAGAAUUUCCGAGGUGCUUCUCCGAGAGAGAAGCUCUCUCGCGCAUGUGUGUCGGCUGAAGGCGGCUCGACGUCGGCCUCAAGAGAGAGAGAGAGAGAGUAAGCGUCUCCGGCGCGCGCGGUACCUCGAGAAUCGCUGCGAUUCGAAGACAAACGGUCGUUAACUCAACUCGGGGAAGGUAAGAAGAUUCGUGCGCAGCUCGCGGAGAAGCCUCGGCGGAGCCUCUCGUCGCCGAAGAACUCGUGAAUGGUACCAGCAGCGACGGUGGACGCGAGUCACCUCGGUCGCGCGAGUGACGUUAGUGCCCCCGACGAAGAUGGUGCGCGGUCUGUCGCAGUGGACCAAGACCCUGAGUUUCCCGGCGAGAGUGUCGCCCCAGAGGCCCGCCAAGGAGUCUAAGGGCUUCCACGUAAGCCCCAGUGUCAGCCCCACGUCGCCGCCCAGCCCGAUCAACGACACCAUGGACAAGUCGCCUAUUAUUACCGACGAGAACCUCCAGGACUCGGAGGCAGAGAAGGCAAUAAUGGGCUCUAUUGUGUACUGCAUACAUCAUAAGGAUGGUUGCAAAUGGUCGGACGAACUGAGGAAGCUGAAGGCACACCUGAACACGUGUAAACACGAUGCGGUCCCUUGUGGCAACAAAUGCGGAGCGAUGAUACCUCGUGUGCUCAUGGAGGACCACCUGAAGUACACCUGCGCCCAGCGCAGGGCUCGUUGCGACUUCUGUGCCAAAGAAUUCACCGGACACACCUUGGAGAAGCACACGGGAACGUGCGGCUGCGAGCCUCUGUACUGCGAGAACAAGUGUGGAAUGAAAGUGCAGAGAAGACACCUUGGUCAACACAAGCUGGGCGAAUGCGCCAAGAGGCUGGUCGCUUGUCGCUAUUGCAACAAAGAAUUCGUGUUCGAUACGCUCACUGCUCAUCACGCGAAAUGUGGCCGAUACCCGGUCGCGUGUCCCCAUCGUUGCGAGACCGCGGUGUUACCCAGAGAAGAUCUCGAGGUGCACUUGAAGGAUCAUUGUACCACACAUCUGCUUUCCUGUACAUUCAAGGACGCUGGCUGCCGCUUCAAGGGUAAUAGGUUUUCGCUUGACAAACAUCUGGAGGAGUCCGCGAAGAUGCACCUGAGUCUCAUGUGUAGCCUCGUAACGAAGCAGCAGCAUCAAAUAACCAGCCUGAAGUCGGCGAUCAGCAAACUGUCGUUAAAUUACACGGGCACGCUCAUAUGGAAGAUCACGGACUACGCCGCCAAAAUGUUGGAGGCCAAAGCGAAGGAAGGGAUGGAGCUUGUCAGUCCACCCUUUUACACUAGUCAAUACGGAUACAAGUUGCAGGCUUCGAUAUUCUUAAACGGGAAUGGGACGGGGGAGGGCAGUCACAUCUCGAUAUAUAUCAAGAUCUUGCCUGGCGAGUACGACGCGCUCCUACGGUGGCCGUUCUCGCAUAGUGUCUCGUUCACGAUGUUCGAUCAGACGGUGAUCGCGGAGAAGGCCUGCAACAUCGUGGAGAGCUUCAUACCGGACCCAACCUGGAAGAACUUCCAGAGACCGAGCCGCGAGCCGGACUCGCUCGGCUUCGGCUUCCCGCGAUUCGUCUCUCACGAGAUGGUGAAGAAGCGACAUUUUAUCAAAGACGAUACCAUGUUCAUUCGAGUCAAGGUGGAUCCUAGUAAAAUCGUAGCGGUCUAGAGACUGACGUUCACGACGACGACGACGACUGGUAAUUUUUUUUUUUGGGACGGUGUCUCUCGAACGGACUUUGUGAUAUUCCCGAGUACUUGUUUAGAUAAGGCAGUACAGUACUUAUCUUUGUUCGUAAAUAACGCGCGAUAGUUCAAACGC